AUGUAUAUCUUAUCACAAGUAUUAUUUUUCAUUUUAUUGAUUAUUUCAAUAAAUAGUCUUAAUACUAAUCUAUUAUCGGAUCAUGUUCAACCAUGUUUAUCUCGAUCAAUGGAACGAAUUUUCCUCGAAUAUCAACAAGAAAAAUUCGACUGUUCAUCAUUAUCAUCACAGAUUCAAAUAAGACUUGCUAUACAUUUUACGUUCUGUCAUUUAAAUUCAACUGGUAUCAAUCCUAAGAACAUAUGUUCUUUAUCUUCAUGCGAUAGAAAUCUAAAUGAAUGUUUAAAAAAUAUUACGAAAAAUUCAUUUGCUUAUUUAACUUACACAAAUUUUGUUCCACAUAUACAAAGUAUUUGUUAUGCAAUUGAAACACAACAAUGGCAUAGUCAUGCACGCGAUACUGUUCUUGAAAUCAAUAGACAUACAAGUCAAAUUGAAAUUGAAACAAAACAACUAUUGAUUGAACAGGAAACAAUGCAAAUUAGUCUUGAUCAAGCACUUGUUGUAAAUCAAGAUUCUGUUGAUGAUGCACUUAGUGUGGAUCGAUUUCUACAAGUAGCUCAAUCCGAUGUAGAUGAAUUACGAGGGCAUUUGUAUACUAAAGAUAAAGCACAGAUUCAACUUCUACAACAAAUUUUAGAAACACUAUUUAAUAUACAGACAUCAUUAUUUACAGAUGCUUUUGGUUUAAGUUCAUAUUUUUUCUAUGCAAUAUCGCUUAUUGGUAUUCAUCUAUUAACAAUACCCGAACGAACAAAUGAUUCAAAAUUUUGGUUAAUACUCUUAUGGGCUGGCUUGAUUGCUAUCGAACGUUACAUGCUCAUUUUUUCAUCAUAUUCUCAAACGAUUCUUUAUAAUGCAUUAUGGCGGUUUCGUCAAUUGUGGUUUUUCGUCUCUUGUUUAACAUUUUCUUAUCAUGCUGUAAAAUAUAGAAAUUAUUAUAAAGAAAAUCAAAAAUUAAUUGAUGAAAUUAAUCGUAAACAUAAAAAACUUGAGAUAGCUGCUAGAAAAUGUUUGAAUGUUAUCAAUCAAUUGAAUAUGACUGACGAUUCUAUCUCUGACGAUGCAGUCAGUUGUUCAUCUGAAAAUAAUGAUACAUCAACGACAAGUAUUCUAACUGAUGAAGAAUUGAAAUAA